GUUCAAGUCAGUCCUCUGAGCGCAGCAGUCGCACUCUGACCGGGAAUAAAAGCCAGCAGCAACAGUUUCUGAGAGGGCAUUCCGAGGAUUCCUGGCGCUCCAUCCUCUCUACCUGUCCGACAGGUGUAGUCGGCUGGCCGCACCGAGGCGCACCACAAGGGACUAGCUGGCUCCAAGCGGGAGGGCAUUCAUGGUCAUCUAUGGGUGAGUGUCUGCGGAAAGCUUGUCCGUGUCUGGAAACACUAUGGCAGAGGAUUUUCAAAAACAAAAAGCCUUCUCCUGGAGGAGAAGAAACACCAGGAAGAGACAGUAGCAGUGGCGGCGGCGGCGACGUGACGAGACAACCGAGCCAGCCGGCGACCCAGAAGAGGAGCCAGGAGAAGCUGUCGGACGGCAGCUCCAUCUACACGGCGCUGUGGCCGUUUGAAGCCCGGCACAAGGACGAGCUGUCCUUCAAUGAGGGAGAUCUGUUCCGUGUUAUCAGCCGCAGCGGGGACUGGUGGACCGCACGGAAGAUCGACAAGAACGGAUGCGUCCUGGCCACCGGGAUUGUGCCCAACAACUACCUGGGGAGGGCCGAGUCUCUGGAAAUGCAGCCGUGGUUUUAUGGGAAAAUGAACCGCUUCGAGGCCCAAGGCCACUUGAUGGGACCAGGAAAUGAAGUGGGAGCUUUUCUCAUCCGACACAGCGAGAAGGAUGACAUCGGAUACGUUCUCUCAGUGAGGUCAAGCAGUCGGGUGAAACAUUUUAAGAUCCAACACGCAAAUGAGAGUAAUUUUCUCGUGGAGCCUGGCCACAAGUUCGACUCUCUGAUCGAUCUUGUGGAUUACUACAGCGCCAACAGCCUCACCAGCACAGGCAGACUGGGGAGCCCCUGCAAAAGGAAAAAGCCCGACAUUCAAGACCUGAGUCACUUUACAGUGGAUGAGUGGGAACUUCCGAAAGAGGAGUUUACCGUGAUGGAGAAGCUGGGCAGUGGCAACUUUUCUACUGUCUACAAGGGAUGCUGGAAAAACCACAUCAAUGUUGCCAUCAAGAUCCUCUCAAAUGACUCCGAGAUGAACCAGCGUGAGUUUCACAGAGAAGUUCAGAUCCUGAAGAGCCUCCGCCAUCGUCACCUCAUCUCCCUGUUCGCUGUCUGCACGGCUUCGUCACCUUACUACAUCAUCAUGGAGCUGAUGGAGAGAGGCAGCCUGCUCAGCUUCCUCAGAAGUUCAGAGGGGCAAACUCAAGACAUCGCAUCACUCAUUGACAUGGGUGCCCAGGUGGCUGACGGGAUGUCGUACUUGGAGGAAAACAAAAACAUCCACAGAGAUCUGGCGGCUCGAAAUGUCCUGGUGGGAGAAGACUACAUCUGUAAGGUGGCUGACUUUGGGCUGGCCAGAAUCGUCAAGGAGCCAAUAUAUAUCUCAGAGGAUAAAAAGAUUCCUUACAAGUGGUGCGCUCCUGAGGCCAUCAGCCACGGAAAGUUCUCCAGCAAGUCCGACGUCUGGUCCUUUGGUAUUUUGCUCUAUGAGAUUAUCACCCAUGGAGGCACUCCUUAUCCAGCUUUAGGUAACCAGGAAGCACAUGAGCAGAUUAUGACAGGAUACAGGAUGCCAGCACCAAAGAAUUGUCCCAACUUUCUCUAUCAAAUCAUGCUGAAAUGUUGGAGUGCUGAGCCGGCUGACAGGCCAGACUUCAGGUCUCUCAAGAUGCAGCUGGACAACUGCUCCUAUGAGAUGGAGUGAUCUCCUGCAUUUACAGAUGAGCAGCAGAGGGUCUGAUACUGAGCAGGAUGGGAGCUUUUCACUAAGGACAUACCUUUAGAAAAACAGACACAAAACUUUGUUAACCUGCAAAAGUUAAAAGUUUUCUUAAUCGAUUCAUGAGGAGAUUACUUUUUAUUGAGCUGAGAUCAUCAUGAAAUAAGGGAAAGAAUUUUUAGAAUGAACUGUUUAAGCCAUAUUUUUAAUCUAUCCAACGUGAACAGUUGUGACAGUGCACUGAACACAUUGAUCUUUCAAUCAGUUAAACUUGAGGUGCACAAUAAAGCUGAAGAAAUUUGUCACAGUAAAAUGUUUCAUUUCAGGCUGUAUAGAGAUAAUUACUAAUAAGUUUUCAAUGAUCUGUUUCUAAUAAAGAUAAACAAAAAAUGUUGAUAUUGAAUUAAACUGCUUGAAUGUAA